GAUCAACUUACGGAGUACCAUUUGGGGGUGUACCUGGACCGCCGGAGCACCUGAGCGUUUCUCGGUGUAGAAUUUGGGAAAGAAGAAAAGGAAAUUACACUUAAAACCCUCUCUCUCUCUCUAGAAUCUUCGCUACAUGCACUCCUUCUCCCCGACAGCAGUCCUCCUCCUCCGCCGCCGUACAGCUCAUGGCUAAGCCCAAAAUCGGCCGCCGCACCCUCGAUUCCUACGCCGUCAAGCACAUCAGCAAAACAAUCCGCCCGGGCGAUUGCGUUUUGAUGAGGGCGUCGGACUCGUCAAAUCCGUCCUACGUGGCGCGCGUGGAGAAGAUCGAGGCGGACGGCCGCGGAGCGAACGUGAGGUUCCACGUCAGAUGGUAUUACCGGCCGGAGGAAUCGAUCGGAGGUCGGCGGCAAUUCCACGGCUCGAAGGAGCUUUUUCUCUCCGACCACUUCGAUAUUCAGAGCGCCGACACUAUUGAGGGCAAGUGCACAGUGCACAGCUUCAAGGGCUACACUAAGCUCGAUGCAGUUGGGAACGAAGACUUCUUCUGUCGAUUCGAGUACAAUUCAACCACCGGUGCUUUCAAUCCAGACAGAGUCGCCGUGUACUGUAAAUGUGAGAUGCCUUAUAACCCCGACGAUCUUAUGGUUCAGUGUGAAGAAUGCAGUGAUUGGUUUCAUCCAACUUGUAUAGACAUGACACCAGAAGAAGCCAGAAAAGUCGAACACUUUUACUGCUAUAAUUGUUCCACCGAAGAUCAGAAGAAAUUGCCCACUUCUCACGCCGACAUGAAGGUGGAAACAAAACGUCGUCGAAGGUGAUACGUAUGGUAUUUCAUAUUUGGGCAGUGACGAAAAGUUGUUAGGUGAUGUAAGAAGGGGAACUAUAUAAGUUAACCUUGUUUCCUCGGAUAUGUGUAUGUAUGUUUGUUUGUUUAUGUCUGUAAUUAUUUUGAUGUAGAUUUGCCUUUUUCUUUCUACUUUAAGGGCUCUUCUUCUUCUUCUUCUUGUCUCUUGUAAUCUUGUUGUAUUAUCCAACUAAUUCUCAACUUAAAUUAAGGGGUGACGUCAGAUGAAAAUCUCAGUGUGUGUGUAUGUUUGUUUGGUGUCUUUUUGUUAUAUUAUAUAUUUAUAUGUCUCCUUA